AGAAAUAAAGCAACCAAAAUUGAAAACGUCUGAAGGAAACACAAAAAAUUAACUGUGUUUUGUAUGCGUUUUUUCGAUUAUUUCCCGCCGCCUGAAAAUAAAAUUCUGAAUUAUAAAUGAAAAAUAGUUAGUUUAUCAUAAAUACAUAUCGAUUAUUUACAGUUUUUAAUAAAUAACAAUAUGGGAAAAAAAUCAAGCGCAUCGACCAUCAAAAGUAAAGAGAAGAGACAGGCAAGGAAAUUGGAACAACGUCGAAUAGCAGAUGGAAUGAGUAACGUAACUUCAGCAAACAAACUGACUGAUCUAGCGGCUUUAUGUAGGGAACUAUUGGUAUACCGUAAUAAAGACAUGGAAGUGGAUAUGUACAUACAAAGAGUUACUGAACUUGACAAGAAUGUGCUGGAAUGGGCCAUAAACUUAACAGAGAGAAAUAUGAGAAAACUAUAUGAAACAUGUGCUUGGGGCUGGAAUCCCGAGCGCAAAGUUGAGGAAAUGACCGAUGAUUCUGCAUGGUACCUGAUUGCAAAACAAAACGACAAGCUUCUAGCUUUCUCACACUUCAGAUUUGAUAUGGAUUUUGGUGAACCUGUCUUAUAUUGUUACGAAGUUCAGGUGGAGGCAGAUGGUCGCCGGCGCGGGCUCGGCCAGCGCGUGCUUAAGGUGUUGGAGAAGCUGGCCCACGCGACGCGCAUGCGCUGUGUUCGGCUUACCGCGCUUACACAUAAUCCCUCGGCAUCUGCGUUCUUUAGGGCUUGCGGGUACAUUCUCGAUGAUACAAGUCCGUCCAUAGAAGAAGCGACACAUUAUGAAAUACUCAGCAAAACGACAGAAAAUGAAGGGGGAACAGAUCCUCCGAUCGCUUCCUAGUACUUAAUUUAAUUAAAUCGUAUUAAAAUAAAGUCGGAAGGAGUAUAGAAAUAAUUCCACAUUCAGAUUCUAUUUAUUUUAAUAGAGUAAAUGAAUAAAUCGUAAAGUUUUCUAUAUACAUCCACCUUUAUAGUGAAUACUAGCAGAUUUUUGAGAUUAUAUCGUCGUAGAAUAAUUAGCUCUCUUAUAGGUAUUAAAAAUAGACUACUCCUCUCCCCCUCCAAGACUAUUCGUAACAAAAGAAUAAAUCCUAUUUUUAAAUGAUAAUCAAAUUGCAUUUAAAAUCUUUUUUUGUCUAGACUUUUUUAU